AUGCAGCAGCAGAAGCCGGGAGCACAAAUCAUGUGCGCCGUGCGAUCGAGCGCCAUUGUGCUGCCCAAGGAGCCGGAGAAACCUGUCAUCAUGGCGGGCAUGGGCACGGGAUUGGCCCCGUGGCGCGCUGUGACGCAGGAGCGAGUGAUGCAGGCCAGGCAAGGGCUCAAGGUCGGCAAGUGCAUGCUCUUCUUCGGAGCCCGGUACAAGCAGGAGUGGCUCUACAGAGAGGAGUUUGAGAGCUACGAGAAGGAGGGCGUGCUGCAAAUGCACACGGCCUUCUCGCGCGAGCAGGCACGCAAGAUCUAUGUGCAGCACAGAAUAGUGGAGGCGGGAAAUGAUGUCGCUGAGAGGAUGUUGAAUCAGGGUGGGCAUUUCUAUGUCUGCGGAUCUGCGCGACAAGUGCCCGAAGACAUCUACACUGCCAUGAAGGAGGUGAUGAUGGCGCACGAGAGGUGUGCCGAAGAAGACGCGGAAGCAAUACUCUCCAACUUGAAAAUGGAGGGCCGUUACACCGUCGAAGCUUGGUCGUGA